AAUUCUUGAUUUUGACAUUGUUUUAGGGGUUCUUUUUCCCUUCUGUCAACACACACAUAGCCAAGUGGGCUCCGCCUGGUGAGAAGACCAGGAUAUUCUCAUUUGUGUUUGGAGGUACCCAGUUCGGGACAGUACUCAUCCUUCCCAUAGCCGGGUAUCUAGCCGCCAGUCCGUGGGGCUGGCCCAGUAUCUUCUACUGUACCGGACUGUGCGGUGUAUUGUGGUCUGUGGUCUGGCUGUUUGUAGGCGCCGACUCUCCGGACUCCCACCCUUCCAUCAGCGACAGAGAGCGGGAGUAUAUCAACUCUUCCCUGGUAGAAACCUCUUCGGAGAGCAAUACAAUGCCAACUCCUUGGAGGCAGAUCUUGACUUCCGGUCCUAUGUGGGCCUUGCUCAUAGCGUCCUUGUGUCAUGAAUGGGGAUAUUCAAUGCUGCUCAUAGAGGUGCCGAGCUAUCUCAGCCAUGUUUUCGGAUUUGACAUCAAACAAAAUGGACUAAUAUCGUCUCUUCCCUACAUAAUGAAGUUCUUAUUAAUGAUCGUGUUCUCUUGGAUCGCAGACUACGUCAUCAAGAGACGGCUUCUUUCUCUCAGUGUCUCCAGGAAGAUGUGGAGCGUUAUCGGUGACUGGGGAGAGGCGGCUGCUCUGUGGGGACUCGCUUGCGUUUCCACCAAUGUGCUCGCAGCUGUGAUAUUGAUCACGAUCACCGGAGCGCUCAACGCUGGUGUGUAUCCUGGGUUCUUCGCCAACUCACUGGACCUGGCUCCCAACUUUGCAGGGUUGCUGAUGGGGAUCGUCAAUGGCCUGUCCACUCUGUCUCCCAUCCUUGCUCCCAUUGUAACCGGGUACAUCGUGACGGACGAGACUGAUAGAGAGCAAUGGAUUAUUGUUUUCCACAUAUCUGCGGCGUUAUUUUUCACCGGAAGUUUGAUCUUCGUGGUGUUCGGCUCCACAGACACACAACCUUGGAACAAUCCAACAACAGAUGUAGUAGAAAUUAAGAACCUAAGUAUUACUGACACGAAUGUCAAAGACGCCAAAGUUAACGUUAUCCGGUCGUAAUCGUUGCAUUUAAUGUAAUAAACGCAUUUUUACUUUGAAAAA